UCCCACCUCACCGUUGCGCCGGCCCCGGCCGACUCUGCAAUGCGCGCUCCCGCCCGCCCCAUAACCAGCCGGGGACGUGGAACGCGUUUUUCUCCCUUCACGCUUCCCUCAGGCUCCGCCAGGCCUCUCUAGGAACACCCUAGCCAGGGCCCGCCCUCCCUCUCUUUCUGUGGUAACCCGGAAGAGGAAGCGGCGGCCGCGCCCUUUGACACACUUCUUAGCGGAGUGGGGGAGGGGGAGGAAAAAAAGCAAAGUCGCGACGGAGGCAAGGAAGGAUCCCCGGAAAGAAGGCUGUCAUUAACAAUGAAAGACGAAUCCUACUCAGCAAACAACUUUCUACAUGAGAGAUAGUUUUUGAAUCCUGCUCUUCAAGUGGAUGUGAAGGACAGGAAGAAGGAUGUUUGAUCGAAAUAAACAAGCCGAUGAAGCCUGUGCUGCUUCAGCACAAGAUAUAGAAAGAAGAGGUAAUGAAGGCUCCUUGCAACAGGAGGGGGGUAGCAGCACGCAAGUACCAGAGCUGGCUGGGCCUGGACAACCUGUCACACAGAACAGGCAAGGCUAUUGCAAUUGUUGCCAUGUACACUACAGUAAUCUUGAACAGCACGUGUACAGUACCCAGCACAGGCACUUUGCCACUUACUGCAGGAAUCGUAUGGGCACAACUAGCCUGAUGGAGCGUUUCCUGCAAGAUGUUUUGCAGCAUCAUCCCUAUAGAUACCAUGAUAACAGACCGACUUACGACGACAUACCAAUCGGCAGCUCCCAACUUCUUCCCAAGAACGAGCCUCUUUUGCCGGUGGAAGUGCUGGAGAAGGAAAGUGCCAUUAGCAAGGGAGAAGAGCCGAGCACCGACAGUGCAUUCACCGCAGAGUCAGUCUGGUUUACUUCCCAGAGAUCACACGAGGAACCGAAGGAGGCUCCUGGGCCAGUCACACUUCUCCAAACGCUAGAAGAAAGGGGACAAGUACACAGCCAAGGAACUUCACAGCAAACCAUAGACAUCUCUAGCAGUACAAGGAAUCAUGUUGCGGCAGACGGAACGCCGACUGAAAGUAGUAGCCAUAGAACCCCACUUGCAGCAGUGAACCCCUUACCCUGUCUGUCAUCCAUUAGCCACUCACCACCUCCUCCAACGCUUGCAAAAAAUAUGAGGCAUUCAGUAAUACCUGAUUUGGCUUCACAGAACAGGUGUGAGCAAGCUAAGAAGAGCAUAUGCGAUCAAGAUGGAUUACUGACUCCAAAUUUGAGCCCCGUUUUGCAUUCUCCCCAGUCAAGAACUGUUUCACAUUCACAAGAGAGUCCUGUGUGUAAUCAAGGCAACUCUUUAAUCUCAGGUCAGGUUUUUUUAAAACAAGGUGGCUUACAGGCUCAGGAUGAAACUCAGAUCUCCGACUUCUGUCUCAGGGACACUAGCAACCCUGUGGGUACCGGUAACUCGCUGAGUUUUCAAGCAGCUUCCCAGUUUUCAGGGGGGAAAGAAAACCAGUUGAGCAGAAACGCGGAAACUUCUGCAGAUGAAAUCAUGGACGAUGUCAUUCUGAGAUACUGCUCUGAAACUCAUCCCAAAGAGUUGCCUCGCAGAGACGAAGAGACUAACCCAUGCGCAAAUAUCCUGUCACUUCUGGACCACAACAGUGUUCAUGGAUCAGAUGUAAGCUUUGAUUGUGAUGCAAAUGCUCAGUCCGGAGCACACCUGCCUGAGGCAGCUGUUAAAAAUCUAGAAUUGCUCAAAGAGGUUCAAGUAAACUUACAAGAUGAGAAGUAUGGCUCCCAGCUCAGUUCCAUUCUUCAAAAUAACUCUGUGCAGCAAGCAGCAGAAGCAGAAGCAGAUGUGUCCGUUCGUCAUAAAGAACCAGUUCUUCCAGCUUUGCCCCAUGUGCCUCCUUCCUUUGUAGGAAAGACGUGGUCCCAGAUCAUGUACGAAGAUGAUAUGAAAAUUGAAGCCCUUGUGCGGGACUUCAGGGAAGGUCGCUUCCGCUGCCACUUUAAUUCCAAGUCCUUGGCUAAUGGUGCAACAACAAGGAAGAAGAAGGAAGAAGAAGAAGAAGAAGGGAAAAUCAAUGCAAUUGCAGCAGAGGAAUUGGAGGCUGCUUCAGAUAAAGGGCUUCCGGAAUUUGGCUCCGACUUCAGCAACUCUCCUGCUCCCUCAGAAACACAACACAUUCCAGAAACAGUAAGGAAGCCUCAAAAAAGGACUUGGCGCCUUGCCUCGAGAUGCCAAGUAGUCAAGGUUAGCCAUGGCACACAAACUAGCUUGCUGAACUAUCCCAUAGUGAAACAGAAAAUCAUUAGAAGGGACCAUGAGCAGCCAGAUCAGAAAGGUUACUUUGUAUGGUCAGAGAAUGAGAGGACACCCACCAUGAAAACUAGACUCUGUGCCCUCAAGCUUCCUGAAUCUUACACCAAAAUUCUGAACCCUUUACAGCCCCAAACCACGGUCUACGUUCUUUCCUGUCCAGAGAUGAAACCGUCUAGGGGCAAUGGUGAAGACACUCCCAAAACGAGAAGAUGCUACAACUCCACAGAUAGUAAGGACUCCAUAAGGUACAAAUACAAACAGACUUCUAUUAAGUAUUAUGACCCACUGACGAACCGAGUUUUAAAAACUCCUCCCAGAAGUGUAGCUGGGGAAAAGGCGAAGAAGGCUUCACAUGUCCGGCAGCUAUUCAGGAGUCUCAGCCUUGAUGCAAACGGGAAGAAGCGAGCCGAUACGCAGUAUGAAUGCAUAACACCAAAGUCCUUCAAUUCGCCAGAUUUCAAUGGUUCGUCAACGCCUCUCGUGUUGGAUCCAGUUAAGGAGAAAGAUAAGAAUUCAAGUCAUAAGGCUGAUGACUCUUCUGUUUCCCCAGAGAAGUCCGAGUGUCUGGUAUGUAGCAGUCCAGAGAAAUCCUAUAAGCACCUAGUUCUUUCACCACUGAACUCUCACCGAUCCCAGCAGGACAGUGACUUUAGGUUAACUCCCUUCAAUAGGAAGGAAGUUCAGCCUCCUUUUGCAUCGCGUGUGGCUGGCUGUCUGGAAAGGGUCAAUCCAAAGACAUUGUGGCAGAGGAGAAAGGACAAAAGUCGAGAGCCAGGGUUUUCAAAAAAAGCUGCAGGGCUAGCCAUUGUAAGGCGUAGCCUCAUUCGGAGAGGGAUCAGGAAACAGCCACCCAGGACUACAACUCAGGCAAAGGAGGGGAGGAUGAGAAGGACUUAUUGUGCUGCAAAAUCCUCUGGCUUGUCCAUUUCCAGGCAUCAAACAAAGAAAGCUACUGUAGCAAAGCACCUUAAGAAAGAAAAACUUGAUGCUAAAAAGCUGAAGGUGGCAAGCAAACCCAAGGGGACGUUUUUGAAUAACGCAGCUAUUGUGGGCGUGGACAUUUCUGAAGAGCAGCAGGGAACCACUCAAGGGCUUCUUCCAAAGUAAAAAAAAAGAAAAAAAGGGAAAUUACUGGAGGCAAGAAUCUGCUUUGCACUGUGAAGCGAGUGUUUCCGAAACCACACCGA